CUGCCCGGCGCGCUCCCUCUGGUCUGUACCGCCGGCCCUCUCGUCCCCUCUGGACCGCUCAGGCAGGGUAGGCGCCCGGGCCCUCACCCGCCUCUGUGAGCGAGUGCUUGGGGCGCGUGGUCUGGAGGGGCCGGUGCCAGGAGUAGGCCCUGGUGGCUGCGGCUGCUGCAGCCUUAACUGUCAGUGCUGGCUGAGCGCUGGAGGGAGGGUUUUGUCGCCCGCGGGUACCCGUGUGGGCCCGGGGUGGGGCGGACGUGCAGGGCAUCGAAAUUGGGGCCUCAUCGAAGCAGGGAUCGGAGAGCCUGCUGUGGCUUCAGGCUGCGAAGGGCAGGCCUUUUCCUCCAAAGGGGCGCUCUGGGUGGGAAGACAUAUUUAGACGUGUGCUUAGUGGGUUGGGGUAUUGGGGGUGGAUUGGAAAGGAAAGACGGAUGAAGCCGCACAUCAAGCCCAAGGAUUGCGCUCUCCGUUUCUCCGUGUGCUGCUUCUGAUAGAAUUCAGUAGUUGAACGUUAAAAAUCUGUAAGAGCCUGAUUUUAGAAUUCACCAGCUCCUCAGAAGUUUGCUGAAAUAUGAAUUAUUAAGCCUACGUUCAGAUCAAGUUAGCAGCUAGACUGGUGUGACAACCUGUUUUUAAUCAGUGACUCAAAGCUGUUAUCACCCUGAUGUCACCGAAUGGCCACAGCUUGUAAAAGAUCACCAGGAGAAUCCCAGUCUGAGGACAUUGAAGCUAGCCGAAUGAAGCGAGCAGCUGCAAAGCAUCUAAUAGAACGCUACUACCACCAGUUAACUGAGGGCUGUGGAAAUGAGGCCUGCACGAAUGAGUUUUGUGCUUCCUGUCCAACUUUUCUUCGUAUGGAUAACAAUGCAGCAGCUAUUAAAGCCCUUGAGCUUUAUAAAAUUAAUGGAAAACUCUGUGAUCCUCAUCCCUCCAAGAAAGGAGCAAGCUCAGCUUACCUUGAGAACUCAAAAGGCACACCUAAUUCAGAGAUAAAAAUGAACAAGGACGGAAAAGGAGCUAAGCCUGAUUUUAAAGAUGUGAAUUACCUAACUGAAGAGAUAGUGUAUGAAAUUCUUGACGUAUGUAGAGAAAGUGAGGAUUACUCCCCUUUAAUUCGAGUAAUUGGAAGAAUUUUUUCUAGUGCUGAGGCAUUGGUUAUGAGCUUUCGGAAAGUCAAACAACAUACUAAGGAGGAAUUGAAAUCUCUUCAAGAAAAGGAUGAAGACAAAGAUGAAGAUGAAAAAGAAAAAGCUGCAUGUUCUGCUGCUGCUGCAUGUUCUGCUGCUCCUGCAUGUUCUGCUGCUGCUGCAUGUUCUGCUGCUGCUGCUGCUAUGGAAGAAGACUCAGAAGCAUCUUCUUCAAGGAUGGGUGAUAGCUCACAGGGAGACAACAAUGUACAAAAAUUGGGUCCUGAUGAAGUGACUGUGGAUAUUGAUGCUAUUAGAAGGGUCUAUGCCAGAUUGCUCGCUAAUGAAAAUUUAGAAACUGCCUUUCUCAAUGCACUUGUAUAUCUGUCACCUAACGUGGAAUGUGACUUGACAUAUCAUAGUGUGUAUGCCCGAGAUCCUAAUUAUCUCAAUGUGUUCAUUAUUGUAAUGGAGAAUGGAAACCUCCACAGUCCUGAAUAUCUGGAAAUGGCGCUGCCAUUAUUUUGCAAAGCUAUGUGUAAGCUACCCCUUGCAGCUCAAGGAAAACUGAUUAGACUUUGGUCUAAAUACAGUGCAGAUCAGAUUCGGAGAAUGAUGGAAACAUUUCAGCAACUUAUUACGUUCAAAGUCAUAAGCAAUGAAUUUAAUAGCCGAAAUCUAGUGAAUGAUGAUGAUUCCAUUGUUGCUGCUUCAAAGUGUUUGAAAAUGGUUUACUAUGCAAAUGUAGUGGGAGGGGAAGUGGACACAAAUCACAAUGAGGAAGAUGAUGAAGAGCCCAUACCUGAUUCCAGCGAAUUGACAUUGCAGGAGCUUUUGGGAGAGGAACGAAGAAACAAGAAAGGUCCUCGAGUGGACCCAAUAGAAACUGAACUUGGUGUUAAAACUCUAGAUUGUCGAAAACCACUUAUCUCCUUUGAAGAAUUCAUUAAUGAACCACUGAAUGAUGUUCUAGAAAUGGAUAAAGAUUAUACCUUUUUCAAAGUUGAAACAGAGAACAAAUUCUCUUUUAUGACAUGUCCCUUUAUAUUGAAUGCUGUCACAAAGAAUUUGGGAUUAUAUUAUGACAAUAGAAUUCGCAUGUACAGUGAACGAAGAAUCACUGUUCUCUACAGCUUAGUUCAAGGACAGCAGUUGAAUCCAUAUUUGAGACUCAAAGUCAGACGUGACCAUAUCAUAGAUGAUGCACUUGUCCGGCUAGAGAUGAUUGCUAUGGAAAAUCCUGCAGACUUGAAGAAGCAGUUGUAUGUGGAAUUUGAAGGAGAACAAGGAGUGGAUGAGGGAGGUGUUUCCAAAGAAUUUUUUCAGUUGGUUGUGGAGGAAAUCUUUAAUCCAGAUAUUGGUAUGUUCACAUAUGAUGAAGCUACAAAAUUAUUUUGGUUUAAUCCAUCUUCUUUUGAGACUGAGGGUCAGUUUACCCUGAUUGGCAUAGUCCUCGGUCUGGCUAUUUACAAUAACUGUAUACUGGAUGUCCAUUUUCCCAUGGUUGUCUACAGGAAGCUAAUGGGGAAAAAAGGAACCUUUCGUGACUUGGGAGACUCUCACCCAGUUUUAUAUCAGAGUUUAAAGGACUUAUUGGAAUAUGAAGGGAAUGUGGAAGAUGAUAUGAUGAUCACUUUCCAGAUAUCACAAACAGAUCUCUUUGGUAACCCAAUGAUGUAUGAUCUAAAGGAAAAUGGUGAUAAAAUUCCAAUUACAAAUGAAAACAGGAAGGAAUUUGUCAAUCUCUAUUCAGACUACAUUCUCAAUAAAUCAGUAGAAAAACAGUUCAAGGCAUUUCGCAGAGGUUUUCAUAUGGUGACUAAUGAAUCUCCCUUAAAGUACCUAUUCAGACCAGAAGAGAUUGAAUUGCUUAUAUGUGGAAGCCGGAAUCUAGAUUUCCAGGCACUAGAAGAAACUACAGAAUAUGACGGUGGCUAUACCAGAGAAUCUGUUUUGAUUAGGGAGUUCUGGGAAGUUGUUCAUUCAUUUACAGAUGAACAGAAAAGACUCUUCUUACAGUUUACAACGGGCACAGACAGAGCACCUGUUGGAGGGCUGGGAAAAUUGAAGAUGAUUAUAGCCAAAAAUGGCCCAGACACAGAAAGGUUACCUACAUCUCAUACUUGCUUUAAUGUCCUUUUACUUCCGGAAUAUUCAAACAAAGAAAAACUUAAAGAGAGAUUGUUGAAGGCCAUCACAUAUGCCAAAGGAUUUGGCAUGCUGUAAACAAAACGAAAACAAAAACAAAAACAAGAGAAAAAAAAAGAAAAACGUUAAAAAAACUUAAUAAAUAUAGUAAGAGGGAUAAUUUGGUGGUGAUAGUGUCCCAGUACAAAAAGGCUGUAAGAUAAUGAACCACAGUAGUCAUCUAUGUCUGUGCCUCCCUUCUUCAUUGGGGACAUUGUGGGCUGGAACAGCAGAUUUCAGCUACAUAUAUGAACAAAUCCUUUAUUAUUAUUAUAAUUAUUUUUUUGUGUGAAAGUGUUACAUAUUCUUUCACUUGUAUGUACAGAGAGGUUUUUCUGAAUAUUUAUUUUAAGGGUUAAAUCACUUUUGCUUGUGUUUAUUACUGCUUGAGGUUGAGCCUUUUUGAGUAUUUAAAAUAUAUAUACCAACAAAACUACUCUCGCAAGGAAAACAUUGCCACCAUUUGUAGACCAUGUAAUCUUCAAGUAUGUGGUUUUUUGGUUUUGUUGUUGGUGGUGGGUUUUUUUUUUUUUUUUUGUCCCUGUAUCUAAUUCAAAUCAGGACCUCCUUUUUUUUCUUUUCUUUUUUUUUUUUCUCCUAUCAAUUUUCUUUUGAAACUUGAAGUCUUGGAAACAGUGUGGUGCAAGUACUGCUGUUCUAGCCCCCAAAGAGUUUUCUGUGCAAAAUUUUGAGAACCAAUAAAGAUGGAAGGGAGAACUUGGAAUGUUUUAAUCACAGCCCUCAGAACUUUUCUUUAGUAACAGCACAACAAAUUAAAACAACUCAUGCCACAGUAUGUUGUCUUCAUGUGUCUUGCAAUGAACUGUUUCAGUAGCCAAUCCUCUUAGUAUAUGAAAGGACAGGGAUUUUUUGUUUUUGUUUUUGUUGUUGUUUUAAGUUUACUGGGGAAAGUGCAUUUGGCCAAAUGAUAGGGUAGUCAAGCCUACUGCAACAAAAUUAGAAAGUUUGUUGUAUAAACAAGCAUGUAAAAGUGCACUUAAAAUGAAUCUUUAUUAUUACCUAGAUUUUAAUAGACAAUCCAAAGUCUCCCCUUCUGUUGCCAUCAUCUUGUUUAAUCAGCUAUUUUCCAAGACACACGAUCAGUGUUGCAGCAUAACAGAAAGGAUGGCUACUGUGCCUUGUGUUACUUAGUCACACAGUAAGCAGGCCUGCAAAUGAAUGGAACUAUUACUCCUGAGAAUUACAUUGUAUAUCCCCCAAAUUAAAUUUUACUUCAAAAAGUGUUAAAUAUUUCAUGUGCUAUAGGAAAGUACAAAUAGGCUUAAAUUACUGGAUAUUUAAUGUAGUUUCCCAUUCGUAGUCUUCUAUGUCUGUGAUGUUAAUUUCUUUUGUUGCAUAAUAAAAUAAAAGAAUUAUGUAUUUUUAAGGAGAUACAUACUGGUAUAUCAUUUUACUACAAGCUGCAGCUAAUUUGUUGAGCUUGUGCCUUGAUUGUUUUAGUGCAAAUCAACCUUAUAUUUUAAAAUUGGCAGGGGAAAAUAAGUAGCUUUCAAAUCAUUGGAAGUGGGAAAAUGAUGUCUGUCAGAGUUUUUUUUUUCAUUCUUGUAGUAGUUGACACAGAACUAUUAUUUACUGUAAUGCUAAAUAAAGCAGUGGCUUAAAAAAACAAAUUAUAUCUUAAUGGGAAAAAGAACUCAGUGCUUUCCAUAUUGUGAUUAGGUAAUGUGGGUUUUUUUCUGGGCUAGCCUUUAGAAAACUAUUGUGGUAUGUAUGCUACCUUGAUUUCUAGGACCCCUAAAUGUGACUAUAGUCAUCUUAAAGGGCCUCUCUCAUCCACUGUGCUUCUUACGUAUUAUGAAAGUAAUAAGAAGACAAAUUAAGUGGGUACAUUUUAUAAAAUAAAUUUGUGAAGAAAUUUGUGUUCUUUAGUUCUCAAGUUUUAUUAUCACUACAGUAUUGAAGUAGUUGUGAUAUUAUACCUGUGUGAAAGUUUUCAAGUGAUAAUAUAGAUUAUCAGACAGAAGUAACAUCAAUAUAUUAAUUGAAAGUGGGAAAAAAUACCCUAAAAAGUUUUAAGAGGAAAAAAUAAACUCUGAUUUACUUCCUAUUCAGUUUUUCUCAGCAUGUUACCACAUUGUUAUGGCUGCCUUUUCAUUAGUGCUUUCUUAGAAUGUCAAGAAACAGUAUCUUAUGAGUAAAAGAAUACCUUUUACUGUUGUAGAACAUUUCAAACUUACAGCAUAAAAGCACAGCCUGCAGCAAAAUUUUUCUGGAGACUUGGCAGCUGCAGCAAAUGAAUUGAGUGUCUGAUUGUAUAUAUUGUGGUUUAUAGUUAAUUGUGUGAUCAAAUCCACUUACAAUUACCUUAGCUUUAUUUGGAGAUACAUCCCUGUAUAGGAAGGUAUAUAUCCAAGGAAACCUAUAAAUGAGGCUUCAGAGAACUUGUUCAUGUUAAUAUGUGGCAAAUGCUUAUAAUUGGGCAGCAUCACUCCCUGUUUCCAUAAGGUGGCUAUGCUGAAACUUAAACCUGUUUUAAGGAAUUUUUUCUCAAGAAUCCAUAUAACCUACUGGAGAAAGAAGUGUUUUUCUGAGGCUACUCUUUGUGAUGUUCAUCGCUGUACUUGCUGAUUUUAAUACUACCUUUAUCCUUUCUACCCUUACCACAGCCACCAGAGUAAAAUAAUAAUAGCAACUUCUACUUGCUGCUUCUCUUAUCUUUUCUCCUCUUAUUCCAUUGAUCACCAUAGAUUUUUCUGUCUCUUAGGUAUAUGUGUGUACACACACACAUAUUCAUAUUCUGGACUCACUGAAUCAUAUUGGCCCAUGGAAAAGGAAGUCAGAGAGUUGAAAAAGACUAGAUUGUUGAAAGCAAGUUUUUGUGACUGCUUUCUACCUUCUCUUGUAAGCUAGAUAGCAGAAGCCACCUUCUUUAUGCUACCCACACACUUCUCUUUAUCCCAGCAAAGAUGGCAGCUGGCACCUUAACUCAUUCUCCUAUUACUAGUCCCUCAAAUUUUCAUGGAGGAGUCAUCCAGAUGCAGUUCUCUGUAAAUGUAUGUGAGUCAUAUUUAACAUUUUCUUAUUCUUUGUAAAUCAGAUUCCUGUAAAUUCUGAAGAGAACUUUCAGUGACUGCUGAGUAACUGUGCACAUGGUUCUUGCACAAAAUAGGUCAAUCACUGUAACUUGAGAGGUUAUUCACCUUACCAAAAGUCAUACAGCCAAACUAGUGGUAUGGGUGGGCCCAUAUGACUACCUAAUAUUUGUUAUCUUCCCCCUUAAAAAAAAAAUCAAGUAUCAAGUUAAGAUUCUUAGACUGACAUGCAUGGGACCUAGGAUCAUUAUCCUAAUUAUUUUUCUAAGAUCAUUAUCCUCAUUAUUUUUCAUUUCCCCAAAAUUCAUAGAAAAUGAUGUGGAAGGAAUAAGGAAAAUAGUAGUACAGAGUGGUUGAGAUUAGUUAUUACAGCGUUCAGUGAAAUGACUCCCGAGUUUAGUUUUGGCCCUGCCAUUCCCUUGAUUUGGAUUAUACCCAAUUGUACCUUAUCUCCAGGGUGGUUUUAAUGAAAUUACCAUACAGAUGCUAGAUAACAUCUUGGAAGACAUCCUGAGAGGAGUUCUCCUAACAUUUGCUUGUGAACUAAAAAAAAAAAAAAAAAAACCAACAAACAAAAAAAACCAGAGAUUGGAAAUGUCUGUAAUAAAGAUUUUAUUUUGGAAGAAUUGACCUUAUCUCAUCCACCUUUAAAUGGAAGAGAUGUGCUUUCUCUCAUCUUUGUUUGAGAUAGUAUAAAAUUCACCCUUUUAAAAAGUGUAAAAUUUGUGGUCAUAGUAUAUUCACAGAGUUGUGAAGUUGUCAUUAUAUAUAAUUCCAGAGCAUUUUCAUCACUGUAAAAAGUUUUCUGUAUCCAUUAGUUGUGACUGCCUGUUCUUAACCCCCAGACCCUGACAACUACUCAUCUACAUAUGCCUAUGAAUUUGCCUAUUUUGGACAUUUCAUGUUAAUGGAGUCAUAUGAUAUGUGGCCUUUUUUGUCUGUUCCCCCACCAUCCCCAAAGUAAUGAGUUCAAAGUACAUCCUUGUGGUAGCAUGUAUCGGUACUGUUUCUUUUGUGGCCGAAUAUUGUCAUUGUAUUGAUAUAAUGUAUUUUUUUGCUUGUCUAUUUGGUUGUGGAUAGUUGUGUUGUUUCUGCUUUUUGCAUAUUAUGAAUACAACUAUGAAUACUUUGUGUACACAUUAAAUUUUCAUUUCUCUUAUGUCUUGUAAGCAUCUUAUGGUUUUAGUUCUUAAAUUUAGGUCUUUGAUCCAUUUUUGCAUGUGGUGCAUUUUAGGGAUCCAGUUUCAUUCUUUAAUAUGUGAGUAUCCAGUAGAACAAAUAACUAAUUGUUACAUAGACUAAUAAUUAUUUCUUUAUGAGUGAGCUUGGCAUCCUUGUCAAAAACAAAACACCCCCCCCAACACACACACACACACACACACACACACACACACACACACAUACAUACAAGUGACCGUAAAAAUGGACUCUUGGACUUUAAUCCAUUGUCCUAUGUGUCUGUUCUUAUGCCAGUACCACAUUGUCUUAAUUGUACCUCUGUAGUAAGUUUUGAGUUUAGAAUGUGUGAGUUCACCAACUUUGUUCUACUGCAGGAUCAUUUUAUCUGUUCUGGGUCCCUUGCAUUCCACAUGGAUUUUAGGAUCAAUUUGUUAAUUUCUGCGUAAAAAGCACCUGAGAUUUUGAUAGUUUUUGUGUUGAUUCGAUACAUCAGAUUGAAGUAUGUUGGUAUUUUAACAGUAUUAAAUUUUCUAAUCCAUAAACAUGGAGUGUCUUUCCAUUUAUUUAGGUCUGUAAUUUCUUUUAAUGCUGUUUUAUAGAUUUUAGUGUAUACAUCUUGAUUUUUUGGGGUUAAAUGUUUUUUGAAGGUAUUUUUCUUGAUGCUAUUACAAUUUUUUUUAAAUUUUUGAGUUAUUCAUUGCAAGCAUCUAGAAAGAAUUGAAUUUUGUGUAUUGACCUUGUAUACUAUAGGUAUUCUGAGCUGAUUCUGUUUGCCAGAUUGUGCAUCUGUUAAUAGAAAUAAUUUGGCUUCCUUUCCAAUCUAGAUUCUUUAUUUUAUCUGCCUAAGUGCCCUGGCUAGCACGUCCAGUAUAAUAUUAAAUAGAAGUGGCAAGAGUAGGCAUCUUUUUCUUGUUCCUGGUAUUAGGGGGAAAUUAUUAGUUCUUUCACCAUUAAAUAAGAUGUUAGCUGUGGGUUUUUCAUAGAUGCUGCAAAGUUGAGGAAAUUUCCAUCUAUUCCUACUUUAUUGAGUGUUUUUUAUCAAAAAAAAAAAAAGAGUAUUGAAUUUUGUCAAAUGCUUCUGUAUCUAUUAAGGUUGUCAUGUAGUUUUUGUCUUUAUUCUAUUGAUAUGUUGUAUUACAUUGAUGGAUUUUUGUAUAUUGAACAAAUCUUGCAUUCCUGGAAUAACCCCACUUGUCUAUGCUACAUAAACCAUUUUCUAUGCUGCUGGA